AGGGCAAGGGAUUCUAGAUGUGGUACAAGGCGGUCAGAAGAGAUCCAGUCCUCCCCUUAGCUGGCACAUUUGUUCUCAACUGUUCGGGGCAUGAGACAUCUCUUCCUCCAGACAUUAUUUGUGAUUUCCGAGACGACUGCCAAGGAGGUAAGGACGAGGUUAACUGCGCCUAUGUCACUGGAACACCCUGGUGCCCAGGCGGCCAUGUCUUUGGCUCCAGCUGCUAUCACCUCCUCGCGCCACAGUGGAAAGGCACUUGGCAGAAAGCAGAGAACAUGUGCGUGCAGCAGUAUAACGGACAUUUGGUCACUCCCAAUACCGGAAGAGAGCUCCAGUUUCUGUCCCACUUGAUUUUCCUAAAGUUUCAGUAUAGCUUUGCAACCUUGUGGUAUCUGGGCUUCCGCCGUAGGAGCUUCGGCGCUGAUUUGUUGUAUCGGAAAGUGUACCAGGCUGUGGACGGGACGAGCGUGUUCGGUGGAUUCAAACAGCAGUUUGUCUCUGACGUCACAGCUGCUUGUGCUUUGUGGGACUACACGCAAAUAUUUAAUCUAAGGGAAGUUACAGACAUACCCUGCUACCAAGUGUGGACGGUAAGAAAGUCCGAUGCAGAGUUUUCUCGCACUAUUUUCCAACGACAAAACGUUCAUAUAGUCUGUGAGGUGAAGAAAACAGCGGAAGCGAAACCCCUCGUGACUUCUUCCUCGGCUGCUGUGUGGACGGCGAAAAGGGAAACGUUUGAGUGUGUGGUCAGUAAAGAGAGAGUCUCACUGUCCAGGCGAUGUGACUGGCUCUCUGACUGCUGGGACGGAAGUGACGAAGUCGGCUGCGCUGGUCUGAGUGACGUACCCUCGUAUGUCCGGUUUACCUGCACGUCUGGACGCCCGCUGUGGUACUCCCACGUCUGUGAUGGUGUCAGCGACUGUGUGGACGGUUCUGACGAGGAGUUCUGUGCCCCGGCCUCUGACGACAACUCAGCCCUGGCGGUGUGUGACGAUGGGGUCCCGGUGCCGGCCUCUGCCUGGUGUGACGCCAAACCCGACUGUCUGGACGCUUCUGACGAGCUGGACUGCUCUAGGUGUAACGGCGGGGCCCUCCUGUGUCCGUCUGUGGGCUGCCUGCCGCCCCACUGGGCGCACGACGACGCCCUGGACUGCCACCUCAGAGACAAGAGUGGUCAGUGGAUCCUGGAACCUGACUUUGUUCCUCACACACUUGACGCUCGGCCACCACCAGGCGUUGUCCGGCCAGACGGCUACGGCAAAGUGACCAUCGAGCCGUUAGACGAGGGCGAGCCGUGUCCGCCAACACACGCCCAGUGCCCCAAAGGCUACUGUAUACCCAUCCACAUGCUCUGUAACGGCCACACAGAUUGCCCGGAGGGAGAGGACGAGCUGGCAGAGACAUGCCAGUCCUUCUGUGAGGGCCGCUACAAGUGUCACCAGACGUCCAUGUGUCUCCACGAUGACCACGUCUGUGACGGCUGGUUCCACUGUCCGCUACACGACGACGAGACGUUCUGUUGGACAAACGACACAUGUCCGCCCGGCUGUGUGUGCUCGGGAGAAGAAAUCACCUGCCGCUCUGGGUUCACGAUCGGUGACUUUGUACGCGUGAGGCGACUGGAUGUUUCUCACACUGCUCGACCAAACGACUCACUGACUGUACAAAACCAUUACAUAAUCGCCCUGUUUGCUCACAACUCAAAUGUACGGGAACUUGGUCUUCUGGGCAUGACGAACCUAUACCACUUAGAUUUAAGCGACAAUGCUUUAAGAAAUUUUGCCCCAGACUCCUUUGAAAAAAGUCCAGGAAUUCGACAACUCUUUCUUGCCAGGAAUGAACUAUCCGAGACGGACCUGCAGCCUAUAACAUCUCUGAAAAACCUUGAAAUCCUCGAUGUUUCCGGCAACGCCCAAGUACGUAUCAGAUCAUCCUCCUUCACCGGCCUAGCCAGGCUGAGAAGCUUACAGCUGGACGACAUGGGCCUCACGGUGGUGGAGACUGGCGCCUUUGAUGGACUGCUAGAACUGAGGACGCUCACCAUGAGAGGGAACUCUAUUUCCGUGUUCCAGCAAGGUAUGUUGUUGGGUCUGUCUCAGCUUACCUCACUGAGCAGUGACAACUACAAACUGUGUUGUCCGGUCAUGAAGCCAAAGUCCUUGUCCACGGGAACCUGCCAAGCUCCAAAAGAUGAAAUUUCUUCCUGUGAGGACAUCCUCCGGACGCCCUUUUUCCGGGUUUUUCUGUGGCUCGUGGCGUCGCUGACAAUCUUGGGCAACAGCUGUGUCCUGGUUUACCGGCUGUGUGUAGAGCGCAAGCCUUCCACACUGGGCUACAACACGUUCGUCAUCAACCUCAGCGCCUCCGAUCUCCUCAUGGGGAUUUACUUGGCUAUCAUCGGCGCUGCGGACCAAGUCUACAAGGGCCGCUACUUGUGGGAGGCAGACUCCUGGCAAAGCUCCAGUUACUGUUCCCUGGCCGGGUUUCUGAGCACGGUGUCCAGCGAGGUGUCCGCCCUCACUAUCUGUAUGGUCACUCUAGACCGGUACCUGGCCCUGGCUUUUCCGCUAGCCAAUGUCCACCUGACCCCAAAGAAAGCCCGAUGUCUGGUGCUGGUCACGUGGGUUGUCGGUGUCCUGUUUGCUGGGGUUCCUCUGUUACCUCCUUUGUCCCACUGGCGGUUCUACGCUCAGACCGCCGUGUGUGUUCCCCUGCCCAUCACCCGCGCCGACUUCCCGGGGAGAGACUACGCCUUCUCUGUCUUCAUCGUCCUCAACCUGGCCCUGUUUGUGGCUAUCGCUGUUGGGCAAGUCCUCAUCUACCGCUCCGUGAAGGCCAACAGUCUCAAGAUGACAGCCGCUCCGAUAAGCAGGAGAAACCAGGACACAGCCAUUGCACGAAAACUAGCCCUCGUUGUGAUAACUGACUUCCUGUGCUGGUUUCCGAUCGGAGUCAUGGGUCUCCUGUCCAAGGUUGGAGUUCCAAUCCCAGGGGAAGUGAACGUGGUCGCGACCAUCUUCAUCCUGCCUCUCAACUCCGCCCUCAACCCAAUCCUCUACACGCUGCCCGCAUUGAUUCAGAAACUGGAGGAGUGGCAGGCGAGACCGGACCCGAACAAAGCAAUUUCUGCAGGUUUCAGGCUUAGAUCCAAAGACCUGCCACAAGGAAAUGUGUCCAGCUCAUCAAGACAAUGUAAGUCCGGCUAUAGAGGGAUCUCUAGAUCUGCAAGAGGCCCCGAUGACGUCACCAGGUCCCAGGUUUGUCUGGCAACGCUCAGAGUCUGGCUAGAGACCGGCAAGGUGAGGAGAGCCGCUGUGAGACAGAUCUUGUCUCGCUAUCAGAUGGACAAUCCCAGCUCUUCGGCGUCUUUGGUGUAGUAGUCAGCUCCUCUAGUGACAGGUGUUGUUACUUGGAACAUAAAACAAAGAUUUUACA